UUGGGCAAAGUUGCAGAAAGUUGUUGAGAAAAAUCCAUUAAAACAGAACAAGUGGAGACACAGAGAGAGAGAGAGAGAGAGAGAGAGAGAAGAUGGACACGGUGUUCUCUAUGCUGAAUGGAGACCCUGGAAAACAGAAUAACUCUGGUGACCAGGCUGCCUCUGGCUUUCCGCAGGGCUCCAUGUACCUGGAGGAGCAGAUUAACAAGUCAGGCGUGCUGUCGUGUAUUUUCUCUCUGAAAGAGGGGGUGGGAGCGCUGGUCAGAGCCCUCAGGCUGUUCGAGGAAAAGGGAAUCAACCUGACGCACAUCGAGUCACGGCCGUCGCGCAUGAAUAAGGACGAGUACGAGUUCUUCAUCAGCGUGGACACGACAUGCUCAAAGGCCCUGGACGAGGUCAUCGACAGCCUGCGCACGCAAAUCAGCGGUCAAGUGCACGAGCUGUCACGCAACAAGCAGAAAGACACAUUGCCGUGGUUCCCCACAAACAUCCAGGACCUGGACCGAUUCGCCAACCAGAUUCUGAGCUACGGGUCUGAGCUGGACGCCGAUCACCCUGGAUUUAAGGAUGAGCUGUACAGAGCCAGACGAAAGGAAUUCGCUGACAUCGCCUACAACUACAGACAUGGUCAGCCGAUCCCACAUGUGGAGUACACGGAGGAGGAGAAGGCCACAUGGGGAACUGUGUUCAGGGAGCUGAAGUCCUUGUAUCCCACUCACGCUUGUCGCGAGCACAACCGCGUCUUCCCUCUGCUGGAGGAGUACUGCGGCUACCGCGAGGACAACAUCCCUCAGCUCGAGGAGGUCUCCAACUUCCUGCAGUCAUGCACCGGUUUCCGUCUGCGCCCAGUGGCAGGGCUGCUGUCGUCUCGAGACUUCCUCGCUGGUUUGGCCUUCCGUGUGUUUCAUUCCACCCAGUACAUCCGGCACGGAUCCAAGCCCAUGUACACACCUGAGCCAGACAUCUGCCAUGAGCUGUUGGGACACGUUCCUCUGUUUGCGGAUCCUAGUUUUGCUCAGUUCUCACAGGAAAUUGGUCUGGCGUCCCUUGGAGCCCCUGACGAGUACAUUGAGAAGCUUGCUACAGUUUACUGGUUUACUGUAGAAUUUGGGCUUUGUAAGCAAGGCAGUGACAUAAAGGCCUACGGAGCAGGUCUGCUCUCAUCGUUCGGGGAACUACAGUACUGUUUGUCUGACAAACCAAAAAUCUUGCCCUUCGAGCCAGAGAAGACCAGUGUGCAGAAAUACCCCAUCACUGAAUUCCAGCCAAUCUACUACGUGGCCGAGAGCUUUGAGGACGGCAAAGAGAAAGUCAGGAAGUUUGCUGCCACCAUUCCAAGACCGUUCUCUCUGCGCUAUAAUGCCUACACUCAGAGCAUCGAGGUUCUAGACAACACAAACAAACUGCGCAACCUGGCGAACAGCAUCAGUAGUGAGGUGGGGAUCCUGUGCAACGCUCUGCAGAAGAUGGAGUAGAACAACUGCAGAACCAUGGACAAGAUCUUGAAGAACCUGUGAUUAAAGAGAAAGUUAUGAUGUUUAAAUGAUUUCACAAUGUCAAAUUCUUGUCCAAAUGAGUUUUAAAACCCACCGUGCGCUCAUACAGAGAGAAGUUUGAUAUGAAGUAUGCUUGUAGUCUAUCUUGUAUUUUAGAAAAUGUUUAUAUCCUAGUAUUUAAGCUGCAGUUUGUAGGCUGGAAUAUCUGUAGUCAUUAAUAUAGGUGAAAACACUAUAGUUAUUUGGUUGGACUAUUAAAUAAUUUGUAUGUUUUAAUCUUCUUAAUUAGUUUGGAAGACUCUUUAAAUCAGUUUUGAACCUUAUGCAUCCUAACAUUUGUAUUGUUUUUAAAUAGCCUGCAAUAUUAAUAAUCAUUGUCUAAUUUGCAAUACUUGCUAGAACUAAUUACUAUUAUAAUUGAAUUUGUUUCUGACUGUUGACCAAACUGUCCUUUUUUUUAGAAAAGGAAAAAAAGGGACUUCCAUUUGAUGCAAUUCCGGGUAUAUUACUAAUUUCCUAAUCUAAUAGUAGACUUGUGCGUGCAUAUUUCAUUUCAGAAGUAGCAUUUCAAAAAACUUAUUAUUUUUUUUAUGCAUGAAUUUGAAAUAUUCAUACUCUAAAUAGGGCACAAAACGCGCGUAUUUCCCGUAAAUAGCGUUUCCAGUCUCCAAAUCAUCCGACAUUGCGCAGAGAACAGAUCUGCCAGUAACCAUCAUCUCAAAAUAACUGAGAAUGUGAUAAUAACAGGCUACAUUUAAAGUGGCUGCUCCAUAUUGUUUAAUAAGCGUUUGAUAAAUAGACAUAGAGACAUAAUGAGCUUAAUGUAUAAUUAGCUUCAUGUCACCGCCUCAUAGAAAUCUUUCUUAUUUUAGCUUGUCGUUUUUUUCCCUUUAUGCCUGUUUGUUUAAUUGUAUACAACUGUUCGACGAACAUGUUUGUCUGACUAUAUUGGAUAGAAAUGAUUACAAUAAAAUUGUGAGAAAAUGCAUGUGA